CAAUAUAGUGAUAUACAGUACUCCCCUCUCUACAUCUUUAUACAUUCUUCAUUACCGGAGAUCUAGCUCUGUCUCACUCACAAACACAUCUUAUUCUUUCCGAAUAUGGACUCAAAUAACCGGACUGCAAGUCCGGUUUACCCACGCAAAUGGAGCUCCGAAUCAAACACAUAUCCGGCAAUGUCUCCAGGCCGUUAUCACCAUCACAACCGUUCAUCUUCAAAUUCCGGCGCCAUUUCAAACAUCAAACGCAAUCAAAACGUUGCUGCUAAGGCUGCCGCUCAACGGCUAGCUCAAGUUAUGGCUUCUCAAGCUACUGAUAAUGACGGCGAUGACGAUGAUGACGACGACGACGACGAUGAUCUGGAUUUCCGAUUCGCUCCUACUUCUGUUAGAAGACCGCCGGUUAAUAAUUCUAGUAGAACUGGAAAUGCUAAUGCUAAUAGGCCUUCAAUUCCUGUUAGUAAUAAGAUAUCUUCUGGAUCUCCUUUGCCUACUCUUGCUAGAACCAGAUCAGAGGAAACUCAGCCAGUCACAUUGUCCGGAAGGCCAUCGAAAUCGAAUAACAUGUUGCCUUUGGUACCCCCGAGCAAAACAUCUUUGAGAACUCCAAUGGCUAUUCCUCCAAUUGAUCCCCCAACAAAGCAACAAACAAACAAAAGAUUCCAGUCAGAAACCGGAGAAAAUAACUUGAAAAAUGGAGGAGAUGGGCGAGAGGCUUCUGCACUUCGUGAUGAACUUGAUAUGCUCCAAGAAGAGAAUGAAAAUACCCUUGAGAAGCUCAGGUUUGCUGAAGAAAGUUGUCAAGAUGCAGAGACGAGGGUUAAGGAGCUUGAAAAACAGGUGGCUUCUCUCGGUGAAGGAAUAUCUUUGGAAGCAAAAUUGUUGAGCAGGAAGGAAGCUGCAUUGCGCCAAAGAGAGGCUGCACUUAAAGAGGCCAAAAAAGCUAAAGAUGGAGUAAAUGGAGAAGUUGUAGCACUGCGCUCCGAAGUCAAGAAAGCAAAGGACGAGGCUGCAGCUGUUGUGGACCAACUUCAGGGAAUUGAGUCUGAAGUUAAGGCUUUCCACUCGAUGACACAAAGGAUGGUUUUAACUCAGAGUGAGAUGGAGGAAGUAGUGCUUAAGAGGUGUUGGCUUGCUCGCUACUGGGGUUUAGCGGUGCGCCUAGGUAUCUGUGCUGAUAUUGCAGUGUCUAAGCAUGAGUACUGGUCCUCUUUGGCACCUCUUCCCUUCGAAGUUGUGGUUUCUGCUGGGCAAAAGGCAAAGGAAGAAGGCUGGGAACAAGGCACAGACAAUAUGGAAAGGAGGAGUAAACUUGUACAGGACUUGAAUGAUCUAACAAGUGAAGGAAAUAUUGAGAGUAUGCUUUCGGUUGAAAUGGGUUUGAAAGAGCUGGCUUGCUUAAAGGUUGAAGAUGGUAUCGUUCUUGCAUUUGCUCAAUUACGUCGUAUGAACUCUGCUCGACAGACUACAUCAGAUGUCAAGUCUUCAGGUGACCCAAAGUUUAUGGAGGCAUUUGAAUUGAGCCCAGAGGAAUCUGAAGAUGUUCUUUUUAAAGAGGCAUGGCUUACAUACUUUUGGAGUAGAGCAAAAAGCCUUGGUAUUGAGGAGGACACUGCCAAGUCACGCCUUCAAUUUUGGAUUAGCCGUAGUGCACAUUCACCAACUUCACAUGAUGCUGUUGAUGUUGAGCAAGGCUUGAUGGAGCUACGAAAAUUGGGUAUCGAGCAUCGUCUAUGGGAAGCAUCAAGACAAGGAAGUUAACAGUUAAUGUCAGGAAUGCACAUCCCAGAAUUGUGAACAUGGCUCUUGCUGAUUAGAUUGGCAUGCAGUCCAGAGUUCCUCGGUUGGCAGCAAGUUCUGCAGUGUUUUUAUAACACUUUUUGAUAUGUAUGUUUUAUUCUUAGAUCCGCAAUAACCUAUGGCAGUUUGGUAAAUGUGCCAAAUUUAUAUUUCGUUGAUGAUAUGGUAAGAAGAGAAAAUGUCAUGUUAUUCAGUUAAGUUGGUUCCACGAUUAGAGGGUUGGUGUCCUGCAAUUCCUGGAAGCUGUUAACAUGACAAAAUGAGCUGAUCAGACAAGUUGGAUAAUGGGUCUCCUGUAUAGUUGAUUAGAUUAGGAUGGGUGACCUGAAACCUGUUUGUGCACGUUUUGUAUCAAUUUGUCUCAAUAUAAUUUACCACAA